UUCUCUUCAGUGUAUAUGUUUUGUGAUCUUCAAGAUCUGUGGACAUAACCUUACUAAUUUGUAAACAAAUAUUUAUGAAUUGUGGCCCGUUAAUUAUUAUUUCUGUCUGUGAUAUUUUUCUUAAUUCAUAAUGCCAUGAAUUCUUUUAAGGGUAAAGUAACGAAAGUGGACCCAACAUUAUUUUACUUUGUUGUUAAUGAUUGUUUACAUGUUCAUAUGUGUAUGGUCAUGAGCAAAUACCAGUACAAGAUGCCUGCUCUUGAUUCAUACAUUAGCAUUGAGAAUGCCAAUGGGAAAGAUGUUAGAAAUGUUCUCUAACUAGUACACCAGGAAAAACUGACUGUUGUGGAUCUUUAUCUGAUAGACAAAUAUAUAUGCUCAAUCGAAAAUAUUACUUCAGACAUGCCACUAGAUAUAAAAAUUAAGUUAAUAUCAGAAAUUAUAUCAUAUACCAGGAAAGAGUCUGUGUUUAGUACAACUUUUUGUGAGCAUGAAAAAUUGAUCUGUGAUAUUAGUAUAAAACCGCAUGUAAUAAAAACAGUGAGUAACUGCCGCUAUGUGGAGUAUGUUUCAGAAAAAUACAGCAGUUUUCCUAAAUGGAGUUUUGGAAUACAUAGUAAAGACACAAAUAAUACAUUUCUGAUAGGUUAUCUCACUCUAGAUACUAGAUAUGGGUUUUUGACCUUGUGUGAUUGUAACCAUAAGAUGCCUUGUCUGGUACUCAAGGGGUCUGAGGUAGAUAUUGAUGGCCUGAUAGAUACUUUCGUUAUAAUAAAAGACUUUCGAAUUGUUACUGAGAUAUUCAAUGAAGAAAAUGUGCCAUGCCUAGAGUGUAUUUGUGUGAGGUUUGAAGAUAUUGUGGUAUUGAACUCUUCAGCUAAACAUCUCGUACACUGUUCCCCAGAAAAGAAUUUCAAGUAUCAAACCAGUUUUAAACUGGUGAGGAAAUCCAUGGUCGUAUUUGGUAGAAGUAAAGGAAGUGAAUGCUGGUUGCAAAUUGAAGUAACACAGAAUAAUAUUAAUGUGAUAAAUGAACAGGCUUUCCUUAUUCUAACCCAAAAUUAUAUCACCUAUGCAGUUACCUUUAAAGAAGGCCAUUCAUACACCUUAUUCCACAAUGAUGAUCUGAAAGAAACGAGACAUCCUGAACUGUCGCGAAUAUCUAAACACAUUAUAUACCUUCUAAAUGAACGUGGUGCACAUUUUCAGAUAAGGCAAGAGCCAAAAAUACAGCAAGAAGUUUUAUCUGUUACGGAAUGUAAAAAUUAUGUUCUGAAUAAUGAUAGUCUCGUAACGUUUGAAGGUGUGCUAGAAACCAAAUGCUUCGUAGACAAAUUGCACUCUAGAGUCCGUAAAAUUACGGACAUAUACGGAUACGGAACACCGACUUCGAAAACUCAUGUUUUGCGAUUUUCGUAUUCAGACGAAAACGAUAUAAGGCAAAACCUAGAUUGCUUUCUGUCAAAUUGGGAGAACAUAGUGAUGCCAUUGGGACUCGUCAAUCAGAUGAGAGUGAUCGUGAAGAACGUUGUACCUCAGUCUUCGAAAUAUUUGAAAGCAACUGCACUAACUUCAUUUGAGAUCGUCGGUUAUGAGCCUGAAGUCGAAUUUCAGACUAUAAAUCUGAACGAAGAUGAUGUUUUCAACUGGGGUCCAAGUUGUUUCCUUGGUCUGGGUGGUAACAUUCCAAAAAAUGUGAGCAUUUGGGGUCGAGUGCAUCAAGUACAAAUAAUAUCGCUGGAACUGUCUUCUUUAUGUAAAAAGUGCAGUAAACAAUUUGACACAAUGGAAAUGUGUAUGAAGUGUCAAACGUUCGAUAGGUUUACUGAGUUUUCAGCAUUAUUAGAGGUGGAUGAUAUAUAUGGUGAAAGCAACGUGUACGUGAAGAAGUUGACAUUUUUGAAAUUGCUUUUGAAUUUACAAGAGAAAGAAUUUUCAAGUUUUUGUAAAGAAAUUGUGAAUGAAUCUUACAAAUUCAACAUUAGUAAUGGAACAUCUAGUGUAUGAUAACAGUGUGGUCUUGAAAGGUGCAAUGUUCAAAAAUCUAAAUGGUUCAGGAAGAGAAUUAAAAAAUUGAUACUGUAAUAAUUAUGUCCAUCACUGGACCUGACUAACCUACUGUAGGAUAUGCACAUAUUAGUGCCAUAGUUGUGGAACCUGAGGUUCCUGUAACAGCCAUCCACGUUUUUCCUGACAUACGAAUACGCCAUUAGCAGAGGCUAUAACGGCGUUUUUAAAGGUGUUUAAUAAAAGUAUGAAUGUUUGGGAACUGAAAUGUCGAAAGUCGUGGGAUGAUCCAAAACCUGAAGAUAUGAAACCGUUUUGGGUAUACCUUGAUGGUAGGAGAGUCUGAAAGUAAAGUAUUAUACACAUGUAAUUUUUUAUAUAUUUUCUUAUAUUUUUGUAUGUAAUUUUUAGAAUAUAUUAUUGUAUAACAGUGUUUCCUAACUGCGGUCGUAAAAAGUUAUUUAGUUGUAUGUCUGGAGUUGCUUCGUUUCUAAGAUACACGGCGUUAGAGUAAAAAAAGUGAUGUUUUAAAUCAUCUUAAAUAUCCUUAAACCGAUUUGGUUGAAAUUUGGUGCAAUUAUGAUUACUAAUACGGCGCUUAUUGAGCUUUAACUAGAUUGA